AUGGCACUCAUGGAUUACCCAACAAACUUGGCUUUUUCUUUUGACCAAUGAUCAUCCAUCUAGCUAACGGACAACUAUGCAUCUAGAAUGCUACUUUAGUAACUACAAGGCCACCAACUAUUUCAGAUAGUGUGUGAAAAGUGUGAAGGUUGCAUUUUUAUACAGUGAAGUAUUUGAGGUCAUGGGGAACUCAGAGAGUGUUUGGUGGAUUGUGGUGGAGUGCGCCUGUAGGAUCCUUGGUGUUUCCACAGCAACAGUGCUGUGUGCUGUGGGAGCGGAGACCCUACAACAGGGAGAAUUCAACAGACUCGGCAUCUACCUGGUGGUUUCAUCUAUUGGCAUCAUGAUGUUUGAGCUGGCCUAUUUCCUGGACAUGCUUCUGAUCAUGUGUCUGCCCUGUCCUCCAGACUGGCAGCUGUUUGUGUUGUGGGGGAAGAUGGCUCGCAUCGGAGGCUUCCAUAAGUUCCUCUAUUACUCCAUUAUGUCAGUGGUCUGCUUCCUGCACCCUGUGUUGGUGUGGCAUGCAGUUAUCCCAGGGAUCAUGCUUCUGGUGACGGCCGUUUUCAACUUCAUACUAAGCAAGAAAACAAAGAUCAAAUCGCCCAAAAGGCCGCAGGAGAGCCACAGCGACCAAGGCCCAACCACUGUCUGCGUGACAGAAGGGACAGCCUCAAACAGCACCGCCUCAUUCUUCCACAUGACAAUGGGAAGGAGAGGUGGGGGACUGGCUCUAACAUCCAGAGACCACUGCCUCGGCCCGGGAGAGAGGGGAGAGAGCGUCCAGGCCAUGCUGGAGCUGGAGCAGACAACAGCACCUAAAGGCACAGACAGGGAGAGGAGGAGGUGGAAAGAGAGGAGACUGAUAAGCUUGAGAAAUAGGGAGGAGCCUGUGGAGAGAGAGAUGGAGGAGAUGGAGGGCUACAGUGAGCCAGAGCCAGACACCACCUCAGACACUGCGCCUAUGAUUACUGACUGAACGUCCCUCUGCUCUCAGAUUGAGCUCCUUCCUGAUAUCACACAAAGGAAAGCAUGUGUAUUGUAUUCAUACUGACUGAGUGCAAUGAGCUGGUGCUACACUG